AUGUUUCUUUACCAACUGCUCAACGUUUUCUACGUCGCUUCCCAAAAGGAAGACGAUGACUCUAAACUUGACCUGUCGAUAUACAAUCGCGGUGAUUUAUUAGAAGUUCCCAGGACAUUAUUCACACAUUUUGGCAUCUACUUGGGUGACAAUCGUGUGGCUCAUCUCAUCCCGGACAUCCUUCCUGUGAUUUCUAAGAAUAAAUCUGCAAUUGCAAAGAUGGUAACAAAUAACCGCCUGCUGAUGGGAGUCAUCACUAAGGUGGCCAGCGUCAGAGUGGACUCCUUGACAGAUUUUGCAUAUGGCUCAGAGAUUCUGAUCAACCACAUGGACAAGGUGUGCAGCCAGCCUCCUUUAGACGGGGACGAGGUGGCCAGAAGGGCUGAGAAGCUCCUGGGCUCUGUGACCUACAGCUUACUGUGGUACAACUGUGAACACUACGUCAUGUACUGCAGAUACGGCAUGGCCAUCAGCUACCAGACGUUCCAGUUCUGCACAUCAGUACGGAAGAUUGUUUGCAGCAGGAUGAGUUCCUAUUUGACUGCACUGUGCGGUGUAGGAGCCAUCAUGUAUCUGGGCUGUGUGACACCACUGACAGUUUUACCGACGCUGCUCAUCUCAUUCACCAUCUGGAUGGCAGCCUGACGGCAUCUGGCGAGACGGCUCUCUGGAGAAAGAUUCAUUCAACACACUGGUGGAAGCUGAAAUGAAGUCCUGCGGUUUAGCUGCGCGACUAAAAGGCAUUGGGAAACAAAUGUGUUCACUAUGAUAGAAAUGUAUUUGACUUUUUAUUUUCUUUGGGCAAAUGUAGAUUGUUGUAAAUAUAUAUCAACUGAUGUUCGUUUUGUCUUUUUGAAUAGAACAUCUAACUUUGUAUGUUAUUCAUCAUUAACGUUCAACAGUCUCUUGCAUUCGACAUUAAUCACAUUUAACAGAAGCAGCUCGUAGAUUUGAAAUUGACUGAGAUUAAGCUCAACAGAGAUCUGUAAAGAAGAGAAUGACCGAUGGAAACAGUGACGGUGUAUUCAGAUGGAAGUGUUGUUGUGGAUGCUCUUCAUUGUGGUUCUAAUACUGUAUAUGAUGCUCUAGCUAAAAGGUUGGAUUGGACAAAGUGCAAUGAGUUUCUUCUUAAUAGAAUACAGUAUAACUUUGAUAUAUUGCAAAGACAAAUGUUGUGCUCGUCAGUCAAUUCAACAUGCCUGUCUUUAUUGUAAAACCUUUAAAUGCCUUUAUCUUAUCUUCUCUGCUGUCAACAAAGUACAUUUUAUUCCAUUUUAUUUUUGUAUUAUUUUAGUUUUAAUUGCUUCAUUGCAGUGCUGAAAUGUUGUAAUCGUGGUAUACCAUGUAAAGCACUUUGUAACUUUGUGAAAAGUGGUGUAUAAAUAAAG